UCGCGCCUGGUCUCCAUGGCAGCGGCGGAUUUAUUACCCGGGCCUCCGCCCAGCUUGGCGGACUGUCGACUUGAAGCCGGGAGGAAAGGGAACGAGAGGGCAGUUCUGGGAGCGGUGAGCCCGGCGCGGGUGGCAGCCGGAGGCCCCGAGAUGGCCAAGUUUUUCUCCCAGGACCAAAUUAAUGAGUACAAGGAAUGCUUCUCCCUGUACGACAAGCAGCAGCGGGGGAAGAUAAAAGCCACUGACCUCCUGAUGGUGAUGAGGUGCCUGGGGGCCAGCCCGACGCCCGGGGAGGUGCAGAGGCACCUGCAGACGCACGGGAUAGACAGAAAUGGAGAGCUGGAUUUCUCUACUUUCCUGACUAUGAUGCACGCGCAGAUAAAACAAGAGGAUCCAAAGAAGGAGAUUCUUUUGGCCAUGUUGAUGGCGGACAAGGAGAAGAAAGGCUACAUCAUGGCGUCUGAGCUGCGGUCAAAACUCACGAAACUAGGAGAGAAGCUGACCCACAAGGAAGUGGACGAUCUUUUCAGAGAAGCAGGUAUCGAACCGAACGGCAAAGUGAAGUAUGAUGAAUUUAUCCACAAGAUCACCAUUCCUGUGCAGGACUACUGACUGAGGAGGAGGCCAGAGAGGACUCCCCUGGGCCUGAAAACUCAGACUGAUGAAUUUUUAACAAGGAAAGUGUUCCUGUCACGCUAAGGGGAUGGCAAACACAGCAAGAUGACGUCCCUGACUACAGCAGAGGGUGACUUAACAAGGAAAAUGAGUGAUUUCAGUUAUGGUAUUCAUGUGUCUUUAAUAAAAUAUUUUUAUUGAUUUUAAUAACUACCAUUAGUGGAGCCCUUGACAGCAUGGAAAGAGCCUAUGGUUUGAAGUUGGGCCAGGGUUCCAGUCCUGACUCUGCCGCCUCCCAGCCUUGUGGCUUUGGGCACAUCAUUUCAUCUUUAAAGCCUUAGGAUGCUCACUGAAGUUGGAUUCCUACUUCUUACUUCAUGGAGCCUGUUGAGGAUGGGUCUGAGAUGAUCUGAACAUGCCUCUGCAAACUGUAAAGUCCUGUGCAACCCUGAGUUGCCAUGAUAGUGCUUCUCCUAAAAAAAAAAAGGGGGCAAUUUACCAAAAGACACUAAUCUGCAUCUGGGUGCUGGAACAAUCUUCCACGUUUCCAAGAUAAAGCCAGUGCUAGCUGAGAAAUAGCAACAGGCAGAGAGCUCAACCUAUGGCAACAUUUCCUGCAGCACCACAGGGCCACUUAGAAAUCCUUAUUCGCAAGGCACAGCGGUGGAGUUCGGGAUGUUCACUUACAAGCAGGAUAAGGUGAAAGCGCUCAGGUUAAAACAAAGCCUCGGCUUAACCCUGGCGAGAGCGACCUACCUUUACGCCCCUCACCAAAGGAACCCAGACGUGACGAGUUCCACUCCCCGAAGCCUUGCAGAGCUUGAGAAGACCCGUGAGGCGUCUGUCAGAAUUUCGCGCUCUCCCCUGGCCGGUUAUCAGGGGGAUUUAUGGGACUAGGUAAGUGGGCCAAAUUGAUCGUGGCUUUAAGCCAUUUCCCCAGGACUAACAGACAGUAAAUAAGGGGAUGGAAGAGGCCAUGGCCGUGACACAGGGGGGGUACUGGUCUGGCCGGGAGCUUUUCCAGCUCAAGUGGCUUGUAAGUUAGUUAUGUAGCCAGGAGGUGCCAGGCUGGGGCUGCCUGUGCGCUCAUCAAAUUUGUGGCCACGCUGCUGGCGUCAGCACAGCCCUAAAAAGGGCUAGAGGCACACACUGGCAUGUUGAGGGGGGAGCAGGGUAGAGCUCUAAGUGCAGAGGCUUUCAUCCUUAUAUGUAUCAAAAUUGGGCUCUCAGGGCUGUGGCUUUGUCUAAUGGCGCCUCAGUGGCUAAAGCAAAGGAAAACAAAUUAAGAGGGAGGUGUGUCUUUUGGGCGGUUUACACAGGACACUGAGCUAAGGGCCAGGCACAAGGGAAACUGCAGGGGACAAGACAGUCUUGGUACAGCUAUCCCCCGAUGCUCCGUGACUUUAGACCAAACGGAGGUCCUGAGAAAGGAGAGCGGCUCUCAUUUCCCCAACAGUGUAGCCGCCUGUGGGAGUGGGGAGGAACCCCCCGGAGCUGCAGGGGAGAGUUUUGUGGGGAGCAGGCAGUCAGUGGACAAUUAAACACCAAGUAGGUAACUCUGUCUAGCUGGGAACCCCAGGUUCACACGGUGCGGGGGGCAGAUCCACGUUCUGUGGGGUCUGGGGGUUCUCUGAUUCAGCAGCCUGCUUUAGGAAUAUUACAGUAGAAACACAGGAGUCCUCGGGCUGCUCCCAGGAGCAUGGAUGAGGCCACAGCAAGUGAGGGGCCCCGGUCGGUGCUUUAACUUCAUUACCUUCAUGGUAAAUCCACCUGAGGGCUGGCUGGAUGUUGGCAACCCAGGGAGAACAGUUACAUUUCACUUUCAGGCAUGGCUCAAGGGUCCUAGCUCCACAUUCCUUUUUUACACUCAUCACGGACAUCAGGAAGUUAGUCUUGCACAGCCAAUCUGGAAUACCAAGGAUUAGACAGCAGGUAUCUGAUUUAGGUGGGACAGGAAAAGGAAGUUCUGGGCUACAGUAAUAAAUGAGGGCGCGUUCCCCCAAAGCUUUGUCUUUAUGUGCCACUGAAGGGCACCUGUAUGGUUUUAAAGCAAGUUUUAUUAAUCUCAGUUGCCUAACAGGAAUCUGAAGUGUAUCUUGCCAGAAGUAUGGUGUGGGGGCCACCGGAAGCUGGGGCUCGCGUCCACCGACUCAGGGCUCCUGAUGAAGGGUGUUCGUGGGGAGGAUGCCCAGAGUCUGCGAUGUGCUCUGAUUUAAACCGCUACCCCAGGGAAGGCCUUGACCCUACCCCAUGGCCCGAUUCCAUGCUCGUUCCUGAAAUUCCAGUUAGUUUACCUAGCACCAAGUAUUGUUUGCAAAAAAAGGCCAUGGUGCUCUUGAUAAUCAAACUGCAGAUUAAUUUAACAGGUUUAAAACUAAA